GAAACGGAAGUGUGGUUGAGCUGUUGUGUGUUUGUGUCUCUGUAUUCAAGCAGUAAAAUGGCAGGAGCCAGAGUUUUUCAGGAUGAGUUCAAGUGUGCAGUGUGUCUGGAUCUCCUGAAGGAUCCAGUGACCAUCCAGUGUGGACACAGUUACUGUAUGAUCAGACUGUAUUACAGACUGCUGGGAUCAGGAGGAUCAGAUGAGAGUCUACAGCUGCCCUCAGUGCAGACAGACCUUCAGAACAAGACCUGCUUUAGCUACAAACACCAUGCUGACUGAAGUAGUGGAGAAACUGAAGAGGAAACGUCCCGACUGUUACGCUGGAGCUGGAGAUGUGCAGUGCGACUCCUGUAGUGAAAGAAAAUACAAAGCCGUCAAGUCCUGUCUGAUGUGUCUGAACUCUUACUGUCAGAAUCACUUUGAACAACAUGAGAAUUUGUUUAAAAGAAAGAGACACAAUUUGACUGAUGCCACUGGACGACUGCAGGAGAUGAUCUGCCAGAAACAUGAGAAGAUCCUUGAGGUUUUCUGUCGCACUGACCAGAAAUGUAUAUGUGUGCUGUGUACGAUCGAUGACCAUAAAAACCACGACACUGUAUCAGCUGCAGCACAGAGGACAGAGAAACAGAAGCAGCUGAAGGAGACGCAGAAGACGUUCCAGCAGAGAAUCCAGCAGAGAGAGAAAGAUCUUCAGCAGCUGAGAGAGGCUGUGGAGUCUCAUAAGCGCUCUGCACAGACAGCAGUGGAGGACAGUGAGAGGAUCUUUACUGAGCUCAUCCGCUUCACUGAGAGAAGCCUGAAAGUUGCAGUGAGUCGAGCUGAAGGACGACUGGAGCGACUGGAGCAGGAGAUCAAUGAUCUGAGGAGGAGAGACGCUGAGCUGGAGCAGCUUUCACACACACAGGAUCACAUCCAGUUCCUGCAGAGUUUCCAGUCUCUCUCAGCACCUCCUGAAUCUACAGACAGAAAUGAUGAUCUCUUCAGUUAUCUCAACUCUUCUGACGAUCUGAGAGAAUCUGUCCGUCAGCUGAGAGACAAACUGGAGGAUUUCUGCAAAGAGGAGCUCAAGAAGAUCUCAGACAGAGUCACAUUCACCAACAUUGUUCCCAGGACCAGGAACGACUUCCUACAAUAUUCCCAUCAGUUCACUCUGGAUCUGAACACAGUGAAUGAAUCCCUCCGUCUGUCUGAGAACAACAGAGUGAUUACUGACACUGACACAGUCCAGUCGUAUCCUGAUCAUCCAGACAGAUUUGAUCAUUAUAAUCAGGUGUUGUGUAGAGAGAGUGUGUGUGGACGCUGUUACUGGGAGCUGGAGUUGAGCGGAAAUGUGCAUAUAUCAGUGUCAUAUAAAAGCAUCAGCAGGAAAGGACGGGGUAAAGAGUGUGUGUUUGGAUGUAAUGAUCAGUCCUGGAGUUUGCUCUGCUCUUCCUCCAAUUACUCAUUCAUACACAAUAACAUAUGGACUGGUCUCCCUGUAGAGUCCAUCAGCAGUAGAAUAGGAGUGUUUGUGGACCACAGUGCAGGAACUCUGUCCUUCUACAGCGUCUCUGACACAAUGAAACUCAUCCACACAGUCCAGACCACAUUCACUCAGCCGCUCUAUCCUGGGAUUUGGGUUCGUAAAGCAUCAGUGAAACUGUGUUGAUAAAUAACCCUUAUAUAGCACACAUGAAUUACCUCGUAACAGAUCUAUGCAAGUGGAGCUGGGGAAGGUGGAGGGUUUCUGAAGUAUGCUGGACUCAGGACUCAUUUAGAACAUUAUAAUCAUUUGUUUUUAGCCAGGUUUCAAUCAAGCAGAGUACAUCAAAUCAUUUUUAAUCACAGAUACGUGGGUACGCUAUUUUAAGAAUACCAUAAGUCCCUCUCUGCAAAGUUUGCAUCUUUCGCUACUCUACACAACUCAAGGAUUGACUGGUAAAUCACAGACACUGAACUCUUAGUUCAUCAUUUUGGAGUCUAGAAAAUUCUGGCUUGUGCUGCCUGUAACUCUUACAGUCACUCUGAACUUUUUUGCCCUAAAGCCUACAAAAUCCGAGCUCCAGACACUGUCCAUGGUGCUUAAAAUUAACUUUCUUCCUAUCUCUCUUCUCACCCUGAUCCGUCUUUUGUUGAUUACCAGCCUGUCCCAAGGGUUUCAGAUAGAAGUCCUUUUCUCUCUCUACUUGUUUUGUAGCAAAAAAUUUACAGUCGGCUCUCCUCCUUUUAGUCCUUUUUGGGUUAAUUUGCUCUGAGUUGCCACCCGCAAAGAUUCAGGGAAAAAACGGUUAAUAUUCAACAUGUCCUCUCUACAUUCCAGUUUUACAGCAAGCAUCAAUGAAUGCUUCCCCUCAGAACCAUUUUCUCUGCAUUACACUUCGGUUAAUAACACCAUUCAGUUAAUUAAGUUAUCUGGCUGAGAUACUCUACUCUUACAGCCUAUACAUCUGCUUGGUCCUUGUUUGUGACGUUUUGUCUUUCAUUUCGAAAAACCCAUUUUUCCUAAUCUAAUUACGCCCGUCUGUUUGAAAAUCAUAAUUUAAAGUACGGAUACUGCUUGCAGGCAUUACAUUUUAACGCUAGAUAUCAUAACUCUGAAUCUAAGCAUUUUGAUUUUUCACUACAUUUCUUACUAUCUGAUAUUCACUUUAUUCUUAUUCACUUAUUCACUUUAUUAACUUCUUCACCAUUUUCCUUAAGCAUUCCAAAAACGAUUAAUGAUCAGGCGUCACGUUGUCCCUGAUUACCAAUUCUGCCCCAAUGAUUAGAUAUCUUAAAAUACGUCUCUGCACUUUCUCCCCUAUUUAUUUUACCUAAUGGUGCACCAAUAACUAAGGCCUGGUUGAGCUCUAAUUUAGGCACAGCUUUAGAAAACUGAGGUCUGUCACUGCUUCAAUACACUGGCCAUUCCUCAUCAGCCAUCAAGCUACUGGGCAGAUGGUCUUCCUCUGCAUUAGAAUCAUACAUUAAACCUGAACCACAAAUCAUCUCGAAGGCUCAGCAAAUAUUAUCAAGUUAUCCUCAUGGUAAUCUAAUGCAAACACUGGUGGAGGUGCAAUACCUAUUCAUAUUACUCCUAACAAUCUUUUGAGGUUUUCUCUCUAUGACUUAUCUUAGCCUUUCUCUGCAGUCCAUUUCUCGUGGCCCUUCUAUCUAUAGCCUGCCCAGGAUUUCUUUCUAUGGUCUAUCUUUGUCUUUCACUCCAGUUGCCUGUCAGGGCCUCUCCCUCUGUGGUCCAUUGGGGCCUUUCCCUCUGUGGCCAAAGAAUUCUGUUUUUAUGUAUUGGUUUAGUCAAAUAAAUACUUUUGAGUCAUCACUUCCCAGUCUUUCUGGUAGAACUAUAAAAAUACCUUCUAUAAAAGUGAAGUAUUUCCCAAUAUUUAAAAUAAGUAAUAACAGUAACAUUUAUAGUAAAUACAUUUCUGCCAAAACACAGAGGUCUUCGACCCUGCUCCUGGGGACCCACUCUCCUGGAAAGUCUAUUUUCAACCUGCUUCAGCACACCUGCCUGCAAUUUUCAACCAGUCUUGAGGAGCUUGACUGGCCGCUUCAGGUGUGUUUGAUUAGAGUUGUAGCCAAACUCUUCAGGAUAGUGGGUCCCCAGGAACAGACCUCUGCCAUAAAUUACUAUGGUGCUGAAUUGACACGCCCAUGUAUUGCCAUUUUCCAAUUUACCUUGUCAUGCAGUUUACAUUGUUGUGUCUGUUUUCAGCCAGCAUCACUACAAAAUCUUUAAUGUUCUUAUUACACACGGCUGUAUAACACAGUUCUGUGUGACAUCUGAAUGGAUCAAGCGACUUGCGCUGUUUAUCACUUUACAUUGUGGCAGAAGCGCAGUGCAGGUUCAUCAGCGCUGUGUGGGUGACUGAUCCCACUCUAUUGUACAUGGUUAGCGGAUGCAUUGCAUAGCGCCACACACUUUUUGCAGUUUUGCAUGUGCUCCAACUUAAAAACAACGCCUAAUAGGGAGGAGAUCUCCCUCACUUUAGCGAUUGGCUCACUACUGGACCAAAUGACAAUGACGAAUGUGGGGGCUCGUCUGGGAUCUGAACCCAAAGUGAGAAUCAUACCCCUAGACCACAAAUUUAUUAUAAAAUAAAACUUUGUGUUACUGUGGAUGGUGGUGCCCUUUUUUUGUUUGAGCUUCAUUUUGUUUGGUUUAGUUUAUUUCAUUUAAUUUCUU